GGGCCGGGGGAAGGAGGAGGAGGAGGAGGAGGAGCGGGGGGGGGCCCGGAGCGGGGCCGGGAGGCGGCGGCGGGGCCGGACGGGACAUGGCGGCACGGGCCGGGCCGCGGGAAGAUGAAUAAGGGCUGGCUGGAGCUCGAGAGCGACCCCGGUCUCUUCACGCUCCUGGUCGAAGAUUUUGGGGUCAAGGGGGUGCAGGUCGAGGAGAUUUACGAUCUGCAGAGCAAGUGCCAGGGCCCCGUGUACGGCUUCAUCUUCCUCUUCAAGUGGAUCGAGGAGCGCCGCUCGCGCCGCAAGGUCUCGACCCUGGUGGAUGAGACGUCGGUGAUCGACGAUGACAUCGUCAAUAACAUGUUCUUUGCUCACCAGCUGAUCCCCAAUUCCUGCGCCACCCACGCCCUGCUGAGCGUCCUCCUGAACUGCAACAAUGUGGACCUGGGCCCCACGCUGAGUCGCAUGAAGGAUUUCACCAAAGGAUUCAGCCCCGAGAGCAAAGGCUAUGCCAUCGGCAACGCCCCCGAGCUGGCCAAGGCCCACAACAGCCAUGCCAGACCGGAGCCGCGGCACCUGCCGGAGAAGCAGAACGGCAUCAGCGCUGUGCGAACCAUGGAGGCUUUUCACUUCGUCAGCUACGUCCCCAUCAAGGGGCGGCUGUUUGAGCUGGACGGGCUGAAGGUCUAUCCCAUCGACCACGGGCCGUGGGCUGACGACGAAGAAUGGACAGACAAAGCCAGGAGGGUGAUCAUGGAGCGCAUCGGCCUGGCCACUGCAGGGGAGCCGUACCACGACAUCCGUUUCAACCUGAUGGCAGUGGUGCCCGAUCGGAGGAUGAAGUACGAGUCCAAGCUUCACAUCCUGAAGAUGAACCGCCAGACCGUGCUGGAGGCCUUGCAGCAGCUUAUCCGAGUCACUCAGCCUGAGCUGAUCCAGACCCAGAAGUCUCAGGAAUCUCAGUCUACCGAAGAGACAAAGCCAGCCAGCAGCAAGACUGUGGCUCCAGAGAGCACCCAUCCAGACAGCACUGAUGAGCACACGAGCCAGGGGCACCCCGUGGCCACACAGAGCCCACCCACCCGCUCCAAGCCAGUGGUGAAGACGUCAGCAAGCACCAUCAACGGGGCGCCUCCGGCAAACCCCAACCCCAUCAUGCAGAGGUUGCCGGCCUUCCUGGAUAAUCACAACUACGCCAAGUCGCCCAUGCAGGAGGAGGAAGACCUGGCGGCAGGAGUGGGUCGCAGCCGGGUCCCAGUCCGACAGCACCAGCAGUACUCAGAUGAUGAGGAUGACUACGAUGAUGAUGAGGAAGAGGAAGUUCGUAACACCAACUCAGCCAUCAGGUACAAAAGGAAAGGGCAAGUAAAGCAAGAGCACGCAGCAGGGGCUGCGGACGGCCAGCUCUCUGUCCUCCAGCCGAACACCAUCAACGUCCUGGCCGAGAAGCUGAAAGAGUCGCAGAAGGACCUCUCCAUCCCCCUGUCCAUCAAGACGAGCAGCAGCGGAGCUGCCGUGGCGGUUGUCACUCACUCCCAGCCCUCUCCCACCCCCAGCAACGAGAGCACCGACACUGCCUCCGAGAUCGGCAGCGCCUUCAACUCCCCGCUGCGCUCUCCCAUCCGCUCGGCCAACCCCACCCGCCCCUCCAGCCCCGUCACCUCCCACAUCUCCAAGGUCCUUUUCGGCGAGGAGGACGGGCUGCUGCGCAUCGACUGCAUGCGCUACAACCGGGCCGUCAGGGACCUGGGGCCCAUCAUCAGCUCCGGGCUGCUGCACCUCACAGAGGAUGGCGUCUUUUGCCCGCUGGCUGUUGCAGAUGGGGGGAAAAGCUCCCCCUUGUCCAUCAAACCCGGUGAAGAGGCCCAGGUUGCCAUCAAACUGGAGGAGAAGGAGGGCAGUGAGGCCGGUGACAGCAAAGAGAAGGUGGGACUUGGCAGGACCAGUGAUCACCCUGGGGGGGAAAAGUAUUCUCCCAAGGAGCUGCUGGCACUGCUGAAGUGUGUGGAGGCAGAGAUUGCAAACUACGAGGCCUGCCUGAAGGAAGAGGUGGAGAAGAGGAAGAAAUUCAAGAUUGAUGACCAGAGGAGAACCCACAACUACGAUGAGUUCAUCUGUACCUUCAUCUCCAUGCUGGCGCAGGAAGGCAUGCUGGCCAGUCUUGUGGAGCAGAACAUCUCCGUCCGCAGGCGGCAGGGAGUCAGCAUCGGCCGUCUCCACAAGCAGAGGAAGCCCGACCGCCGGAAACGCUCCCGUCCGUACAAAGCCAAGCGUCAGUAGUAGCCUUGGGGUCAAGACUGUGAGGAACUGGCCCCUGGGGCUUUGGGCAGUGGCACUUGGAUGUAUCUUACCCUUUGCCCAAGGAAGAGGGACCCCAGUGAGAAGCCCUUGGCUGAGGUGGAGCCUCGGGACAAAUGGAAAUUGGGUUUUCCUCCGAGCCUGAGUUGUGAAAGGCAGAACUGCCUUGUCUCAAGGAGAGACCCUGCAGCACCAGGCGAGCCUGAGCUGCCCCCCUGGGCCAUGGCCACGCGCAGACGCCCUGGGCCUGUGUCUCCGUGCCGUGGCUGAGGACUGUGGCAGGAGGGGCAGAGCCCACCUGGUAGUGGUGGGCCCGGUGUGGGGACACUGGUGCCACUGGUGUGAGGCUGUGCUGGCCGCAGCUGGCUGUGGCUUGUGUCCUGUGUGUGCAGGCCUUCAGCUCUGUGCUUCCCCAAGCCACUCACGGCUGUUUUCUGUUUGUCUCCCUCCCUUCACAAAAUUUAUGUUCUGGUUCUGAACCACACUUUGGCUCCUGGACGGAGCUGUUCUCCAGUACGGCUGGGCCUGCGUGAAUGCAGCUCUGUGCUGCCCCGUUCCCUGAGCUGGCUGAUGCUCCAGGGAUGGCAGUGCCACCUCCCCACCCAGCCAGGCUCUCCUUUGGGCAUUGCCCACUUGUCCCCAGCCCUGUGGGGGUGCUGGAGGGCCCUGCUUCCACACCUGCUCUCCUAGGGACCAGCUCUGUGGCCCUGGCUGGUGCCUUUGGGUCACACAGGGUUGCUCCAGCCCUUGUCCCGGGUUGGCCUUGGUGCUGGGGUGGAAGCUGGAUCUGGAGGUGCCUUGGUGCCCUUGAUGAAGCCUUUCAGGGGGGGAAGAGGUGACAGUGUAAUACCCAAGGCACAAAGGGAGCCUCAUGGGCAGACAAACCGGGGGCAGCCCAAAACUGCUUCUCCUGCCCAAGCUCCUCACUGGUUGCCACCCAAGAGCUGGCUGGUGUGGGCAGAGCCCUGGUUCGGACUGCAGCACACUGGCACAGCCUUCCUACCAGCCCCAUCAGUGCUCCUGCAAAUGGUUUUCUCCCCCAUCCUCAGCAGCCUGGCAGAAAUCUCAGAAGCCAAAGGUUGGUGCCUCUCCCCAGAGGUGAAGGCAGGAGGAGCUGAGCUGGGGACAAGGGGAACAGAGACAGGAGAGGACUGAAUUUGCUGAACGGGAAAAUUUGUACAGAUCUUCACUGUGGAAUGAAACUGUCUUUUUUUUUUAUUUGUUGAAGAUUUGUUGAAGGAAAGCAAAAUCCUUCUUGCUGUGUCUGAUACCAAGUACUGUACAUAAUGGAUCUGAAGGAAUAAAGCUAUCCUGUAACAGC